UUGGCGUAGCCUCGGCUUUUCCGUUCAGAUAAAGUGGUGGUUCUUCGGUUUUCUCUAUUAGAAGAAAAGGAUAAAAUGGAAAAGGAAGUAAUAGAGAGAUCUCUUAAUGGCAUCAGCGUCGAUGAUUACGGUACAGAGCUUCUACCGCCGAACGGCGAGUCGGCGGCUUCGUCUUGGCGUCUCAACACGCACAAGUUUCGCUUUCCCGAACGGACAAUCUCCGAUGGCCGUGGACGAUCCGGCACUCGAUUCUCUGGCCUUCUUUUCACUCCGAGGAAACAACGCAGGGUUUCAGAAUACUACAAAAAGCAAGAAAGGCUUCUUGAAGGGUUCAAUGAAAUGGAGACAAUUACUGAAACGGGUUCUUUUCCUGGAAGUCUGUCUGAGGAUGAGAUGAAGAAGCUAGCAAGGAGUGAGAAGUUUGCCAUUCAUGCAUCAAACAUAGCUAACACUGUGCUCUUUGUGGCAAAGAUCUAUGCUUCAGUUGAGAGUAAAUCAAUGGCCGUUAUUGCUUCAACCCUGGAUUCGCUCUUGGAUCUACUGUCAGGAUUUAUUUUGUGGUUCACUGCACAUGCCAUGAAGAAACCAAAUCAUUAUCGGUAUCCAAUUGGGAAGAAUCGCAUGCAACCAGUGGGUAUCAUUGUUUUUGCAUCUGUGAUGGCAACUCUUGGAUUGCAAAUCAUUCUUGAGUCUGUCAGGCAAUUCUUUACAAAGUCUGGCCCUGAGAUGAGCAAGGAGCAGGAGAAAUGGAUGAUUGGGAUCAUGGUUUCUGUCACAAUAGUGAAGUUAAUUCUCAUGGUUUAUUGUCGGCAAUUCAAAAAUGAAAUAAUUAGAGCAUAUGCACAGGAUCACUUCUUUGAUGUGGUUACCAAUUCAGUUGGGUUAGCCACAGCUGACCUUGCGAUUCAUUUCCGCUGGUGGAUUGAUCCUACUGGAGCUAUAAUUAUUGCACUGUACACAAUUAGCACCUGGGCAAGAACGGUAUUGGAGAAUGUAGGUUCACUAAUUGGAAGAUCAGCUCCUCCUGAUUUUCUAGCAAAGUUGACAUAUCUGAUUUGGAACCACCAUGAAGAAAUCCAGCACAUCGACACUGUUAGAGCCUACACUUUUGGUUCUCAUUACUUCGUGGAGGUUGACAUAGUGUUACCGGAAGACAUGGUCCUGAAUAAGGCACAUAAUAUUGGUGAGGAACUACAACAGAAGCUGGAGCAACUACCCGAAGUAGAGCGAGCCUUUGUGCAUAUUGACUUCGAGUUCACUCAUAAACCUGAACACAAGGCCAAGGUGUAAAGGUAAUUCCAGUAAUGUCAUAUUUCUAAGACUGCGCUCCACUUUGGAGACUUAUUGACUAAUUUAGAUGUUAAACCGGUGGAGUUUAUUAAUCCUGAUUUGGAAUUAAAAUGGCAUUCUUAUU